AUGGUUCUACACUACCUUGAAUUCAUCCUUGGUCGACUACUGUACUCGAUCCGUGGCCAUGAUUCGGGUCAGAUCAUCAAUUGCUUGGCCUUCAAAGACAUUCCUGAGCCAAACAUGACCCUUGAAGCACCCGACGUCGGCCCCUCCGGCUCUAAGCUACCUCUACAAUGUACCAGCAAGGCCAAAGAUGGAAAGGGUUGCCUUCCUGAACUACACUGGACUGCUCCAAACUGUCGCGAGGAAGUUAAAGAGUAUGUGCUCCUCUGUGAAGACCUCGACCCACCUAUUCCCUUCCUUGUCUUCCAUCACGGUCUCCUUUGGGCAAUUCCUGCCACGACUACUACGGCCAAACCUGCGAACGUCAAGCCUUCCGAACACGCCAAGAUCUCCCGCCUGACCGUUGCUGGUUGGCGCUUUGUGCCCAACAUGCUCGGACUGCCAUAUAUCGGUGCUGGUGCACCUCUCGGUCAUGGAACCCAUCGCUACGUUUUCACUGUCAUCGCUCUCAAUGAGCCGCUGAAGUUCAAGGCUCCUGAGAAGGUCAGCAAGAAGGAUAUCAAGCGUUCUAUCGCUGGCAAGGUCAUCGGUUGGGCCCAGUGGACUGGCACCUUUGAGAAGCCCUGGCCCAACUAG